CAUGGAAAGGCUAGCGGAUGAUAGAUAUUUAUGUCAAAUGCGUUAGCUGUGCCGCUCAUGGACGUCUCAAGUGAAAGCGCCACGGCGCGUGCGCCCAUCACCCGUCACACGCUUCACUGCCAGAGCUGGCACCUUGCAAAACCUCUAAAAACCAAGCAGGUUCCUCUACAUUGCCACUGUGGGUAGUAAUACGGCUCCCUUGUGUCUUUGAUAGG